AUGAUGAACGGCACUGAUCUGAAAAAAGCCGCCAUCAGUCAGGCCAAGAAGGUUGCGACCACCGCCGCGCUCGCAGCAAACGGCAACGGUCAGAAGAAACGGCGGAAAGGCGAUAAUCUCAAGCCCAUCAUCACUUCGGAGAACGCGUCCUCAAGUCUUCACGAUAACCCCACGCAAGCUGAACCAGAAAGCAUGGAUUCUCCUCUGCCUCAUGGCAAAGUCCCUUCGCAUAACUCACGUCUUGAUAGAUCUCCCUCAUCCUCCACCUCGGAAGACGAUCCCGCCGAAACCACGGCCGACGAAGAAGAUUCCGAAGAUUACUGCAAAGGCGGAUAUCAUCCGGUACAUGUGGGCGAGACAUACAAUAAUGGCAAAUAUGUCGUGGUGCGCAAACUCGGAUGGGGCCACUUUUCCACCGUGUGGCUCUCAAGGGAUACCACCACCGGCAAACACGUGGCGCUGAAGGUCGUCAGAUCGGCGGCGCAUUACACGGAGACGGCUAUAGAUGAGAUCAAACUAUUGAACAAAGUUGUCCAAGCGAAUCCAAACCAUCCCGGCCGAAAAUACGUCGUCAGCCUCCUUGAUUCCUUCGAGCACAAGGGCCCCAACGGUGUACAUGUUUGUAUGGUUUUUGAAGUGUUGGGAGAAAAUUUACUGGGUUUGAUCAAAAGAUGGAAUCACCGAGGCAUCCCUAUGCCCUUGGUCAAGCAAAUCACCAAGCAAGUUCUUCUCGGAUUAGACUAUCUGCAUCGCGAAUGCGGCAUCAUCCACACGGAUCUCAAGCCGGAAAAUGUUCUGAUCGAAAUUGGCGACGUUGAACAAAUUGUCAAGGCGUUUGUAAAGGAUGAAAAAGAAUCCACCAAAGAUGACAACAGAAAUGGCCGGAGGCGAAGAAGAACUUUAAUCACCGGCAGCCAACCUCUCCCCAGUCCUCUCAACGCCAGCUUCACGAAUUUAGAUAAAGUCGUCAAUCCCCACCACCAUCAGCCAAGCAGUCUCAAUCAAGUCAUCAACGACUCGGUUUCCAACAAGUCGAUGGAAGGUCUGUCCAUGAUCGAACAGCUGAAGCUGAAAUCCAAAGAAGCCAAGCAAAAUGAGGAACACGCAACCGGCGACAAGACGAGGGAGACGACCACAGAUCCUCUUGAAAAGGAUUUGGCGGGAGUGUCCCUUGACAGCAAGAAGAGCACGGAUGCGGAAAAAGUGUUGAAGGCGGCCCAAAAUGAAGACGAACCAUCGAGUGAGAUCAUCUCUGUCAAAAUCGCCGAUCUUGGAAACGCCUGCUGGGUGGGCCAUCAUUUUACGAACGACAUUCAAACUCGGCAAUAUCGAUCGCCGGAAGUCAUUCUUGGCGCAAAAUGGGGUGCAAGCACAGACGUGUGGAGUAUGGCAUGCAUGGUGUUUGAACUGAUUACGGGCGAUUAUCUUUUCGAUCCUCAGUCAGGAACUAAAUAUGGCAAAGACGACGAUCACAUCGCACAAAUCAUCGAACUACUCGGGCCUUUCCCGAAAUCUCUGUGCUUAUCCGGUAAAUGGUCACAGGAGAUUUUCAACCGAAAAGGCGAACUCCGCAAUAUCCAUCGCCUCCGACACUGGGCGCUACCGGACGUGCUUCGAGAAAAAUACCAUUUCUCCGUCGAGGAUGCACAUAAAAUUAGUGCAUUCUUGAUUCCAAUGUUGGAAUUACCUCCUGAAGCGCGGGCCAACGCCGGUGGUAUGUCCAAUUCAGAAUUCUUGAAAGGCACCAAGGGUAUGGACAACAUCAAUGUGGACAUUCCUGUGGGAAGUAAAGGCGAAGGAAUUGAAGGUUGGGCGACGGAAGUGAAAAAACGAUGA